AUGGUUGACUCUGUAUGUGGAGGUGCAUUGAUGGAGAAGACACCUCAAGAGGCAUUUGAUCAAUUUGAUUUGCUUGCCAAUAAUAAUCAACAAUGGGGCAGUGAAAUGACAAAGAAGGUAGGAAUUCAUGAAGUUGACACAAAAACUACGGUUGCUGCUCAAAUUUCAAGCCUUGAGAAAAAACUUGAAACUCUUAUGCGUGUUGUUAUUCCACCUUCCCCACAGCAAGUUUGCGCCAUUUGUUCUGACCUAACUCAUCUAUUGGAACUUUAUCCAUCUACUGCGCAAGGUUAUGAGCAAGUUCGCCAAGUUAAUUCGUUUCAACGACCUCAGAAUGAUCCAUAUUCGAACACUUAUAAGCCGGAGUGGCCAAAUCCAAAACCUGCCUUUGACUUUGGACACAUAAAGAACCUCCGAAGUAGGUUGAACUCUGUACAAGAAGUCUGCAACCAAGCAAGCCUCCCACAGUAG